AUGCACGCCCAUAGGAGGGCCCGGCACGGUGCCCAGGCCAUGGAGCCCCGGCCAGGGGGCUGCGUGGCAGUGGUGGCUGCGGUCCUCCUCGUGCUGCUGGGUGCCCAGUGCCAGGGCCGCCCUCCGGGCCCCGGGUGCGACUGCGCCCACCUCCGCCAGAAGAGGGACGAUCCGCGGUGCUGCGGGGGCUGCCCAGCAGGGCACUUCAAAGACGGCUCCCGCAGUUGCACCCCAUGCCGGCCGGGCUCCUUCCUGGCCCAGGAGAACCACCACUUGAGCAGCUGUGCCCGCUGCCGCACCUGUGAUGAGAUGUUCUUCCAGGUGGCCCUGGAGAACUGCUCGGCCGUGGCGGACACGCGCUGCGGCUGCAAGCCCGGCUGGUUCCCAGACUGCUGGGACUGGGGCUGCGCGGACAAGUCAAACUUCAAGUGCCACCCCUGUGUGGACUGCGAGGCCCUGCACCGCCUCCCUCGCGCGUCCUGUUCCCGCACGGAGGCCGAAUGUGGGACGUGCCUGCCUGGCUUCUACGAACAUGCCAACAGCUGCGUGUCCUGCCCCACGAUGACCCUGAGGAGCUGUCCGGAGCCCUGCGUGCCCGUCUGUGGCUGGAGGCAGAUGUUCUGGGUGCAGGUGCUGCUGGCAGGCCUGGUAGUCCCGCUCCUGCUUGGUGCCAUCCUGAUCUAUGCAUACCGCCGCCGCCAGCCUUCCAAGCCCAGGGUGCCUGCCCAGGAAGCUGGGAUGGAGGCUCGGACCCCCCUGCAGGCUACCCAUCUCUCACCCCCCGAGAGCAUCCAUGCCCUUCUGGUGCCACCCAGUGAGAAGGUCUGCACGGCCCACUUGGUGGGGAACGGCUGGGCCCGCUGCUCCCCCCAGGAGGUUCCCUGGGACCAGCCCAGCAGAGUUCUUGGCCCAGCGCCGCUGCCCGCGCCCUCGCCAGCGCCGCCCGCAGGCUCGGGGGCUGCCAUGCUGCAGCCCGGCCCGCAGCUCUACGACGUGGUGGACGCGGUGCCCGCGCGGCGCUGGAAGGAGUUCGUGCGCACGCUGGGGCUGCGCGAGGCCGAGAUCGAGGCCGUGGAGGUGGAGGUGGGCCGCUUCCGAGACCAGCAGUACGAGAUGCUCAAGCGCUGGCGCCAGCAGCAGCCCGCGGGCCUGGGCGCCGUCUACGCGGCGCUGGAGCGCAUGGGGCUGGGCGGCUGCGCCGAGGACCUGCGGAGCCGCCUGCAGCAGCGCGGCCCCUGA